CAUGUCAAACCCUGCCCACAAAGGAAAAUUUUGCAGUCAGUCAAGGUAACAUACCAAGAUGGUUUUUUUCUCCGACUUGUUUAUGUUGAUUGCAUUUACGGUUAUAUGGUUAGAUGGACAGAGAUGCAAUUUUAAGAUGAGUGCUGAUGCUUCAAGUUCAUAUUCUAUUACUUGCUUGAAUUAUACAUGUUGGUUUUGUUUUAUUUCUUUAGGUAUGGAACAAAUUGGUGAAUCUCAAAAGAUAAAAAAAGUCAGGAUUAGUUGGAAAAGUGAAAAUGUGGUAAAGACUUUCCUAGAAGCAUGUAUUCGUGAAGUUGCAGAAAAUGGACGGAAAGGCGCUAGCCUCAAGGCGUUUUCGUGGAAAAACGUUGCAGAAAAGCUAAAAAGCAGUCAUAAUUUUGUUGUCGAUCAAAAACAAAUGAAGAACCAUUAUGACUAUCUCAAAGGCAAAUAUUCAGCAUGGUCAAAACUGAAAAACAAAUCCGGGAACGUGUAUGAUUCUAUAACCAACACGUUUAAUCUAUCGGAAGAAGAAUGGAUCAUAGAAAUGAAGGGGAAUAAAUACGUAGAAUCGUUGAAGAGUACAUCACUACUAUUUCCUACACUUUGCACACAACUUUUUGAGGAGGUGGCUAUCAAAAGGGUUGAAGAUGGGGGAUCAUCUUCUACAAGAUCCAGGUCUUGUGCUGAACCUAUCUUGAUUGAAGAAAAUGAAGAUAUGAAUGAAGCACCAGAAACUUCAACUCCUAAUUGUUCUUCUCAUGCCAAAGAUGAAAGACCAACCAAAAAGACUAAAGCUUUAAAGAACCCAAAUAUGUUUACCAUUGAAGGAGAUGUGUCGAAAGCUUUAAGACUAAUAAUUGAUAGGAAUAAUGGGCCUUCGUUCAAGGAUUGUCAAGAUAAGUUACGAAAUCUUGGUUGGGGAGCGAAAAAUCCGUUGCACAAAAUGGCACUUGUUAUCUUUUGUGAAAGUGCUACUUAUAGGGAAGCUUGGUUGCAUUUGCAGGCCGAUGAGGUCGAAGAUUGGGUUAGAAUGAUCGGACAUAAGUUAGGACUAGUAACUUAGAGGUGGUUUGCUUUUUUUUUCUUUUUCCGUUAAGCCCUGGGUGAGUUAAGUUGUUUGUCUAUUAAAAUUUGUCAGUUUGAGGGAUGGGAGGAUGGGUUCUUGAGGGAGGUAAAGAGAUAGGGUUGGAUUUCUACUACAUUUUUGGUAUUAAUUCGUUUGAGAUGGCUUAAUUGAAACAGGAUUGAGGUCCUAGCUUAUUCCAUGCAGGACGGGAGGAUGGGUUUGAGGGAGGGAAAGAGAGAGGGAUGGAUUAGUUCUGGUAUUAAUUUGUUUGAGGUGGCUUAAUGGACACAAGAUUGGGGUUCCUGGUUUAUUCCAUAUAGCCAUUUUGGCUUAAUGGCUUAAUGAUUAAGCCAUAAAGACACCCCUAUAUGGCUAAAUGAAUAAAUCGUCUAGGUCAUUAAGCUGUAAGUAAAUAGCCCCUUGGUAUUUUGAAGAUCGCUUUUUUUAUGUAGUUUGUAUUGUUGGUUUGGUAUAAAAUACGAACAUGAUUCUUAUGUUG